AUGAGCAACGCCAAGCGCCACGCCAAGGCGCCGACGCCCGUCGAGGCGCUCGACCACGUACAAGAGGCGAUCGUCAAGUGCUUGGAGACGCCCGACGACGUCGUCGCCUUCCUCGACGCGCUCUCGCCGGACGCCCUUUGCGAGCGGCUUGCCGCCUUCUUGCCACUGCUUUGCGAACCGGGCGACGACAUGUGGGACGCUGACGACGAGGCGGAGGCCCUCGUCCGGCUGUGGCCGAGCUUUGCUGGUCUGGACCACGUGCUCAUUGGCAUCCUCAAGUGGCUCAAGACAUCCCAGGAGGUGCUUGCCUUCCUUGAAGGCAUCGACACGCCGACGCUUGGCAAGCCGCUCGUCGCGCUUUUGCGACUGCUGCGCACUCCGCUGGACGUCAUGGAGGUUAGCGACGAAGAUUCGGCCCUGGACAAGCUGACGUUCGCGCCACCUGGCUAUAUGCCGUGGGACGUGAGCGUUUGCCCGGUCGGGUCGCUUGUCGAUACAUACGGGCACAAGCUGACGCACCUCAAGAUCGCCUACUAUUACGAAGAAGACGAGGACUUCAUGUGCUCGUUAUUCCGGCGGUGCACCAGUCUGGACGUCGUUCACGUCGAAAAUCCAUGCGACUUGGCCUUCGUCGCGGCGGUGACGACACCAGCGCACGCCGUCUCGUCGCUGAGCAUCGUAAGCAGUAAAGCCGCGGACGAGUGGGCUGCGGUCCUCGAGCCGUGGCUGCAGUCGGGCCACGCCAAGCACCUACGGUACCAAAACCUCCCAAUUCGUCAGCGACCCCGCGGCUUGAACGUCGGCAACGCGCGCAUCCUUGCCGCCGCGAGCGCGCUCUCGCACCUGACCGUGAUUUGCGACGGCGUCGAUCCACUGGUCGACGCCACUCCCAUGCGUUUCGAGAACCUCGAGACCUUGAACAUGUCUGUCGGGCAUGCCGGCCCCUUCCUCGGAAGCGUCCUCGAUCGCGUCAACCCAGCCGUGCUGACGUCGCUCACCAUCUUUUGCGAGGAUGACAUUGACUUCCUCCUCAAAAUGCUGCCAUGCUUCUUAGCCCUCCGAAAGCUCAAGAUUCUCGGUGGCGUUUUUGCCGAGGAUGCGCAGCCGCCAGCGGCCAUGGCGCGUCCGUUGGCACUGACAUCGCUGACGCUCCACGACGUUGAGAUCUCAGGCAGCUCGUUCCUCGCGCUGGAUGCGUUUCUUGCCAACGCGCCUCGCCUCGAGACGCUGUCGUUUGGGAGCAGCUACUAUCGGGGCGAGUCUGUCGCAUCGAUGUUGCCGGGCUGGAUCCGCAACGGCGUGCGUGAGAUCCAUCUCGCCGACUGCAAGUACCCCAAGGGCUUUGGGUCGCAAGUGGCCCGCGCCCUCUGCGGCAUGACGAGCCCAUUGGGCGUCACAAUCACCUUGGUCGGCAGCACGCUCAGCGACGAUGACUACGAGGCGCUUCUCGACGCUCUCGCGACGUGCACGGGUGUCGACCUCGUCUUGGAUCCGCACUGGCCGCAGCUGGCGAUCGAGGCGGCCAAGCGCAACCUUGCUCUCGACGGCAAUUUCAUUCUGAAGUACGACUUCGACGAGAUCCAGCCGUUCGAGAGCGAAGUUGACCUAGAAAAUAACUACGAUCCGCUGCCCAAAGGCCGUUGCGACGCCGUCCGCGUCAUGCGUCGUCCGUAG